AUGUUGCAGAAAUUACUGCCUGUGGAAGGUUUCGUAUCGGAAAUUGUUGUCAAUGAAAUGGGUGUAAGUAUGGUUGAAUUCACCAAAGAUUUGCUCCUUUCAAGUGUGCAACGAACCGAUCAGGGAUUAUAUCAAUGCAUUGCAAGCAAUGCUAUUGGUGAACGAAGUUUAUUUAUUGGUUUAUUGGUUGAGGCUGAAAUUGAUUCGGUGAUAACGAAUCUCGAGGUUACUGUCGAUCAUGCGAAUGCACAGUUCAACAUAAAGUGGCAGUUACCGCAAACAGUGGAUUAUCUCGAAGCUAAUCACGCGAUGUUUUUAUUGAACUACUAUUUGUCAUAUGGGAGUGGUAGUGCAAAUAACGUACCGUUGCGCAAUGUUCAUUGUACAGCCGAUAAUUGGUGUGUUGCUAAAUGCUGCUCAUCGAAUUACAUAUUUUUUCCUCGUCGGAAUUAUACAUUUCAAAUGUCAUUUAUCAAAACAGAUGCAGUCGGAAAAAUUACACCACUUUCGGAACAUGUAACAGCUCUAUCUUGGGACGGAGUAUCACAUAAGGCUAUGGAACUUACGUUAAGCAGAUCAAGUGAAGAGACAUUGAAAAUUUCGUGGGAGCAACCGUCGAUUGAUGUAACAAACGGCCUCAUACAAAAAUCUGUGCAUAAUUCCAGAUAUAUCGUCGAAUAUUACGAGGAUUCUGAGUCUAUACGUGAAGUUAAAAAAAGAGAUAUUUUGCCAAACUCAACACUGUGCCUUUUAAAUGGUAUAAAAUCAGAAGUGAUUUACCGUUUGCGGGUUAUUCCAGUAACGCGCCGCGGUCUUCCAUCUGAUAUAUAUUUGAAAUUGAAUUCAAAUUUCACUUUCAUUGGUUAUUUGGUGGAACCCAUAAAUAAUAAUUUUCGUCCCGAUAUUGGAUCAUUACCGAUUGAUAUUGAACAGAGAGGCACAUCAAUCACUAUUCACUGGGAAGAAGCUUGGAAAACUUCAAAUUUCACUUCGCAAGAUCCGGAAAAUCAAGCAGUUCUUCUCCGUUAUGCUCGUUCUGAUACGUCACCAUUAAGAGAAAAAGCAGAAGAAGGAUUAUUCAUCAAUGGGGCUAUAAAUUUGACUGAAAAUUUUGAUACGUCACGAACAUAUCAAUUUUGUAGCCGUCUUUAUGAUGGUCUUUUUUAUGGUCCUGACUUUUGCCGCACAUAUCGUUUACCACCAACAGUGUUCGCUGAUAUAUUUAGUGGUCUUUCAAGUGGUGAUGGUCUUCCGAGACCGGUAUUAUGCCAUCAUCAAGGAAAAGAAUGCCGUUGUGAACCAUCUUACGAAUUCGGUGAUGCAAUGCGUGUAACAUGGGAUUGGCCGGUAGACGAUCAUACUGCGGAUGAAUUCGUUGUGCAUUAUACUUUAAGUGACAGUAUUUUUCCUGAAGAUGACAGAUUAGUUAUUACCGAUGAAGCAUUCGCAGAUUUGCCAAGCCUUCGGUCGAAUACAACGUAUCGUGUAAUGAUAGAACCGAGGAAUAAAAUUGGUGGUGUUGAAGGUUCUUGGUUCAACUGUACUACUCCUAUUCUAGGGCAAAUUCCGGCACCGAUUGGGGUAAUGUAUGAAGAAUUGAAUGCCACAGCUGUCCGAGUAUCUUGGAAUCCAAUUCAUCCAAAUCCACGUUGGAGUACGCCUGUGGGUUACGUGAUACAGGUUCAGUCGUCAUCAACUUCUGUGGCAUCUAUGAAAGAUAUUCUUGUUGAUGGAAUUGGUGCAGCAAGCUACGUUAUAACACUACAACCCAAUAUGUUGUACACUUUUCAAGUAGCUGCACGUUCGAGUACCGGUGAUUUAGGACAGCGUUCCUCUCCGUAUCUGUUUGCACCAUCACACACCAGUAAAGCUGAUAAAAUAGACGUUAAAAGACCGAAAAAUUUUCCGAAAUCGAGUCGGGAAGGAAUAUUAAUUGGGAUUGUUUUGAUAGUUGGUUUGCUAACAUUGUGUUUCGGUGGCAUCUGCGCUCAUCUAAGGUUAAAGCGACGUAAGCUUGAAAUGGGCAUGAAUGCUAAUGUAGCUAAUAGAGGAUCAAAUGUAUCAUGCAAUAAUACAAAUUAUGAAAUGGAAUCACUGAUCAUGCGGCGGCGAAGCGAAUUGGUUGAUACUACUGAAGGGAGUGGUAUGAGAAAUACACUAAAUGAUAUAAGGAUACAUAAUCAGCUGAACACACAAAACAGCCUAACAAAUGAAGCAGAAGUGAUAUGUUUAGAUACAAAAGGAGGUGAACAGGGUGCCUUACCAAGUGGUCAAGAUAAAUAUCUGAGAUUGUUGAAUGAUAAAAAACAUCGAUUCAAGGAGUGCUUCUUGUUUAAUGGUUUAUCAGAGGAAUCAUUUGUUAAGAGCCACAUAUCUUGCAGAAAGAAGACGAAGAUUAUAAACCGACGAAAUGAGCCGUUCGCGAUUAUGACAAAGAAAAUGAAUUACAAGUUGCUAGAUUCGAAAUGGAUGCGAGCAGCUUGCGGUACUUCAAAUCCAUGGACUGGAAGUUUGCCGUCUAAGAAACGAUUGAUGGCAAUUGAUUCUCCAUCAACAAGGGUAGCAAAGACAUGUUACCUAAUGACGGGCCGCAUGUCAGUAAGCAGUUUUGAUAUUGGCAUUACGGUGCCACGUUUUGUGUCGAAAUUGGCUGCUUUAUCAGAUAUAACGCGGCGGAGUACAAUAAGUCAUAUAGAAUCGCUAGAUCAAGCGACUUCCUAUACCAGUAUUAUUUGUCCACAAUCAACUUCAAUACAGUCACUUUGUCAGCAGAACGGUUUUGGCAAGCGUAAUAUCAAGACAAGCGCUCCUAUUACGACUAUUAAUUAUGUAAAUUAUCCGUGCAACACUCUUUCCAGUCAGUCUUUAACUUGGUACGAUGCUGGAUCAAUUGAAAAUGAUUGCAUUAUGCGGCUACCUCGCGAUGCAUCGAAGAUAUACGGUAAUAGCAACAAGGAAGUAAUGGCUUUUUGUUGUUCAUCCAUGCCGAAUCUUGCUGAUUCGGGAAUUGUAUAUGAUGAGAUGCAUUUUCCUCGUCCACCUCCUCUUUCACCUCCUUCAUUGAACAAUAUGCAUUUGGAAAGAUAA